GAUCCCGGAGAUCGGCCAUUACGCCCUGAUCCUCGCGCUGGCCAUGGCGCUCGUGCAGGCCACAGCGGCGCCGCUCGGCGCAAGGUUCCGCGACGGCGCCCUGAUGGCGCUGGCCCGGCCGGCUGCGGUGGCGCAGUUCGCCUUCAUCUCGGCCGCGCUGGCCUGCCUGAUGCAGGCCUUCGUCGUCUCCGACUUCUCGGUCGUGACGGUCGCCGACAACUCCCACUCGGCCAAGCCGCUGCUCUACAAGUUCACCGGCACAUGGGGCAAUCACGAAGGCUCGAUGCUGCUCUGGGUCUGGAUUCUCGCGGUCUACGGCGCCGCCGUGGCGGCCUUCGGGCGCAACCUGCCGCCGGUGUUCCGGGCCUGGGUGCUGGCCGUGCAGGCCCUGAUCGGUCUCGGCUUUCUGGUCUUCAUUGUCGCCACCUCCAACCCCUUCCUCAGGCUCGACCCCGCGCCGUUCGACGGGCGCGACCUCAACCCGCUGCUGCAGGAUCCCGGCCUCGCAUUCCACCCGCCGCUGCUCUAUCUCGGCUAUGUCGGGCUCUCGACGGCGUUCUCCUUCGCCGUGGCGGCGUUGAUCGAGGGGCGCGUGAACGCGGCCUGGGCGCGCUGGGUCAGGCCGUGGACGCUGCUCUCCUGGUGCGCGCUGACGGCGGGUAUCGCGUUGGGUCCUGGUGGGCCUAUUACGAGCUCGGCUGGGGCGGGUACUGGUUCUGGGAUCCGGUCGAGAACGCCUCCUUCAUGCCUUGGCUGAUGGCGACCGCGCUGCUGCACUCGUCCAUCGUGGCGGAGAAGCGGGACAGCCUGAAGAGCUGGACCGUGCUGCUCGCGAUUCUCGGAUUCUCGCUCAGCCUGCUGGGCACCUUCCUGGUGCGCUCCGGCGUGUUGACCUCGGUGCACAGCUUCGCCUCCGACCCGGCGCGCGGGGUCUACAUCCUGAUGUUCCUGGUGAUCGUCGUCGGCGGCUCGCUCACGCUCUACGCCUGGCGCGCGCCGGGGAUGCGGGCCGGCGGCACGUUCCGCCCGUUCUCGCGCGAAGGCUCGCUGCUGGCCAACAAUCUGCUGCUGGCCGUCGGCUGCGCCACGGUCUUCAUCGGCACGCUCUAUCCGCUGAUCCUCGACGCCGUCGCCGGCCAGAAGGUCUCGGUCGGCCCGCCCUUCUUCGAAUCGACCUUCGUGCCGCUGAUGAUCCCGCUCCUCCUGAUGAUGGCGGUAGGGCCGUUGAUGGCCUGGAAGCGCGCCGGACCCGGCGCCGUGCUCCCGCGCCUUGCGAUCUCGCUCAUCGCCGCCAUCGCCGUGGCGGCGGCGGUCGCGGCGAGCGGCGGCGGGCCGUGGGGCGCGGUGCUCGGCAUGGCGCUCGCCGGCUGGGUGGUCGCGGGCGUGCUGACGGAGCUGGCCGCGCGCGUGCGGCUCUUCCGGGUUCCGCUCGGCGAAAGUGCGCGCCGCGCCGUCGGCCUGCCGCGCGCGGCCUGGGCGAUGAGCAUCGCCCAUCUCGGUGUAGCCGUGCUGGUGGCGGGCACGGUGGGGGCCGGCAACUGGCAGACUGAGCGGGAACAGGUGAUGCGGCCGGGGGAUUCGGUCGCGCUCGCCGGCUAUGACUUCAAGCUGCUCGGCGUCGGCGACGUGCCCGGCCCCAACUAUAUGGCCCCGGCGGGGCGAGGUCCGGGUCUUGCGGGACGGGGAGGAGGUCGCGCUCCUCCUGCCCGAGCGCCGCCACUAUCCGGUUCAGGACACCUGGACCACCGAGGCCGCGAUCCACACGACCUGGCUUUCCGAUCUCUAUGUCGUCGUCGGCGAGGAUGCACCCGGCGGCGGUGGCACGGCAAUCCGCAUCCAUCACAACCCGCUCGUGCCCUGGAUCUGGAUCGGCGCGUUGACCAUGGUGGCGGGCGGCGCCGUCUCGCUCACCGACCGCCGCCACCGUGUCGGCGCACCCACCCGUCGCCGGCGGACGGCAGAGGCCGCCGUCGCUUCUGUCGGUGCAAGCGACUGAGGGACACGUGUUCGACUUAA